AUGUUUACCGGUUUGGUAGAGAAGGUCGGCACUGUGACAGCGCUCGAUCCCCAGGAUGACUCCUCUACUGGCGGGGGUGGGACAUCCUUGACAAUUUCAGAUUGUGAAGAAAUACUUACCGACACCAAGUUGGGGGACAGCAUAUGUGUUAACGGCACCUGCUUAACUGUAACGGCGUUCGACAAGUCGUCAUUCAAAGUCGGGGUUGCUCCUGAGACCCUACGGCGGACGAAUCUCGGCUCCCUCAAGGCUGGAUCACCCGUCAAUCUUGAACGAUCUGUGCUAGCCACGACGCGGAUGGGAGGACACUUUGUACAAGGCCAUGUGGACACUACUGCAGAGCUCCUUUCGGUCACACCUGAUGGCAAUUCUCUGGUCCUAAGGAUGCAGCCUAAAGACCGGAGCUUGCUAAGAUAUGUUGUAGAGAAAGGGUUUAUCGCACUCGAUGGUGCUAGCUUAACCAUCACCAAGGUUCAAGACGGUGAAGAUGGUUGGUGGGAAGUCAUGUUAAUCGCCUAUACACAGGAUAAGGUCGUCACCUCAAAGAAGCAGCCUGGCGACAGUAUCAACGUCGAAAUUGAUUUGGUGGGUAAGUACGUUGAGAAAACGGUACAUGGUUACUUCGAGGGACAAACAAGCGGGGAUUCAGCCGCACUGGAGAAGAUGGUCGACAGACUCGUUGAAAAAAAGCUCAAGAGUAUGGGGAAAGCUUGA